AUGAUGUCAACAGAGUAUGUGCAACCACUUGAUAUCCCAGAAGACAGAUUGGACAAGCGAGACUCACACUGCAACCGUUUAGAUGAUCUUUCAGAACAGUUCAUUAAGAAUUGUGACCUAAAAAAGAAACCAAGAAAGGGUAAAAAUAUUCAGGCUUCCCAGAACAGUGAGCUGGAACAGAAAAAGCCAAGGAGAAAGGAUACACCUGCCUUACACACCCCACCACCUAUACCAGGCAUCCUCUCAGACUUUUCAGAACAUUUAAUUAAAAGGUGUGACAUCACCGAAAAACCACAGAAGGGUAAAGUGAGUUCAGUCUCUCAGCUCACUGAUCAGGAACAGAAAAAACCCAGGAGAAAAGAUACACCUGCAAUACAUAUCCCACCCCUUAUACCAGGUACUAACCUGCUUAAAGAAGAAAAGCAGACAGUGAUUGUGGAAGAUGAUGAAAAGGAUGGCGAAAAAACCCUUAUUUAA